GAGAACUGUUUAUAACUCAAUAUUAUUUAUUAUCUCUGUUGUAGUCUAAUAAUUUAAACACAUCAAGAGAAUUAUUCUGUUAUUUUAAUACAAAUUUUCGAAAAUAUAAAACAUGUCAAUGAAACAUCUGGGCAAGAAAUUAUAUUAUAUACCAAAACCUACACGAUGGAUAAAAGGAAUUGGUGCAACAUUACCAGAAGAAUAUAAAAAGUUUUGGAGAGAAUGGAAAAUGCAAACACCAUCUGCUGUUCACUAUAUAGAGCAAAAGGGCAGAUAUGUAAAAAAUGAAGAAACAGGAGAAGUAUAUCCAGUGCAAAAUGUACCAUUACCCUUAUUAUAUCCUAAGGAGUUUCAUAAAGGAAUAUGGGGUGGUGAAGCUAUCAUACAAGGUUUUACAAAGAAGCAUAAAUAUGCUCGCAGAGCCCCUCGCUUUUGGUUUCCUAUUCUUAAAAAGUCUGUAGUUUAUAGUGAAGUUCUAGAUAAAUACAUAAGUGUUGUUGUUACCAAUAGGACUAUUGAUUUAAUAAAUGAACAUUAUGGUUUUGAUCACUAUUUAUUAAAGACUCCUGCCUGUGAUUUAAAGUCUGAGCUUGCACUAAAAAUAAAACGUCAGAUACUUUUGUCAUUGCUUGAUAAAACAUUAUAUCCAGAUGAUCCUGUUAAAAAAGAAGAAAUUUAUAAUAAAUAUAAAGAAUAUUUAACAGCUUAUACACGAGAUGAAAUUGAAUGGUAUGGUUUAACAUAUAAAGAAGCUUGUCAGAAAUUCAUAAAACAAAAUGAAGAAAAAAACGAAGUGAAACCUUUAAAACUUCAAUACAGGUCUGAGUUAAUUGCCAAGCUUAAGGAAGAAGAAAGUCGGAUAGCUCAAGAAACUGCAGAGAAACCUUCAGUAUGGAAGCUACCCUGGAAUCCUUUCACUUCUUCAAAAUCGAAUUAAUAAGUAUAUUAUAUUGUUGUACAUUAUAAAUAAAAAAUAUGACGUAGUUAAUUCACA